AUGAGAUCCAUUCUGCUGCUCGCAGCCAGCGCUGCCCUGGCUCUAGCGGUGCCCCAAGGCCACUCUAAGCGGGCCUCAUCCUUUGUUUGGUUUGGCGCAAGUGAGUCCGGGGCAGAGUUUGGCAGUGGGAAUAUCCCGGGUGUCCUGGGAACCGACUACAUAUGGCCGGACACUUCGACCAUUCAAACGCUACACAACGCGGGCAUGAAUAUCUUCCGGGUGCCGUUCUUGAUGGAGCGAUUGAUUCCAAACACAUUGACCUCGAGUCCAGAUGAGACCUAUCUAGAAGAUCUGAAGAGUACGGUAGAGUACAUCACGUCUAUCGGGGCGUAUGCUGUGGUUGAUCCACACAACUAUGGACGAUACUAUGGCAACAUCAUCACCUCCACAAGUGACUUUGCUGCAUUUUGGACCACCGUGGCAACGCAGUUUGCAUCGAAUGACAAGGUCAUCUUCGACACGAACAACGAAUUCAACACGGAGGACCAAACGCUGGUGCUGAACCUCAACCAGGCGGCCAUCAACGCAAUCCGGGCUGCUGGAGCUACCUCGCAGUAUAUUUUUGUGGAAGGGAACUCAUGGAGUGGCGCGUGGACGUGGACAUCAGUCAAUACUAAUCUGGUCAAUUUAACUGACCCCAAUGACAAGAUCGUUUAUGAGAUGCACCAGUAUCUCGACUCGGAUGGGUCUGGCACUUCCGACACGUGUGUCAGCUCGACGAUCGGCCAAGAGCGUGUACAGUCGGCGACGGAAUGGCUACAAAGCAAUGGAAAACUUGGCUUUUUGGGCGAAUUUGCAGGUGGUGCUAAUUCAGUCUGUCAGAGCGCUGUGACUGGAAUGCUGGACUACUUGCAAGAGAACAGUGAUGUCUGGCUCGGAGCAUCCUGGUGGGCCGCAGGACCAUGGUGGGGCACUUAUAUUUUUUCGAUGGAGCCACCCUCAGGGACCGCGUAUACCUACUACCUAAGUAUCCUGUCUGCCUAUUUCCCUUCCAGUUCGGGCAGUUCGGGCAGCUCUACGACCACUUCCACAACCACACACACUACAUCGACAACCAUAACAACUGCCACCACCACUAAAGCCACCACCACUUCAACCACCACUGGCGCAGGGUCUACUGCAACAGCAUCCCACUGGGCGCAGUGCGGCGGCACUGGCUGGACAGGGGCGACGACAUGUGCCAGCCCAUAUACCUGCCAAGCGCAGAAUGCGUACUAUUCGCAAUGUCUGUAA